AUGUUGAGACAAAGAAAACAGCUACCGGACGAGAUUGUCUCCGGCGGGCCCGUGGAGACGGUGGACACAGACAAGUCCAGCGCACAAACGACCGGCGUCUGGACGUCCCUGGCGACCAUGGAGUCCGUCGUCGGGCCUAUUCUGCUCACCGUGCUGGGGACCUAUCUCCGACUGUACGGCCUGGAGAAAAACCCCAACGUGGUCUGGGACGAGGCGCAUUUCGGCAAGUUCGGCUCGCAGUAUCUCAAGCACGAGUACUACCACGACGUGCAUCCUCCUCUGGGCAAAAUGCUCUGCGGCCUGAGCGAGUAUCUUGCCGGCUUUAAUGGAUCUAUUGAAAAUUUCAAUUUUGAGAGCGGGAGCAGAUACCCUGUUGCGUUCGACUAUGCGCGGGUGAGAUGGUACGGUUCGUGGUUCGGCAGCCUGGUGGUGCCGGUUUGCUACUUUACGUGCAAAGAAAUGGGCUAUUCGCUGCUGACCACGUAUCUUAUCUCGCUGAUGUGCUGUUUGGAGCUGUCGUACAUCUCGCUGAGCAAGUUCAUUCUGCUGGACUCGUCGCUGCUGUUUUUCACGGCCACCACGCUGUACUGUCUGGCGAAGCUGCACAGUCUGCGAAACAGGGAGUUUUCGACCCAAUGGGUCGGCUGGCUCUGUAUCACGGGAGUGUCCAUUGGAUGCGUGUGCUCCGUGAAAUGGGUGGGUCUGUUUGUCACGGCUUUGGUGGGACUGUACACUGUAUUGGAGCUGUGGCUGAAGUUCUGGAGCCCGAACUUCAAAUUGCACAGAUACGCGAAAAGCUGGGUCUACCGAGUCGUGGGCCUCAUUGUGCUGCCAUUUCUGGUGUACCUGAUUUUUUUCAAGAUCCACUUUGCACUUCUGUACAAGCCGGGCUCCGGAACCGGCUCGCUCUCGUCGCUGUACCAGGCCAGCAUGCAGGACACUGACGUGGGCAACUAUCCGCGGAACUUGGCGAUCGACUCGAAGGUCACCAUCCGUUCUCAGGGCAAGUCUCCUAAUCUGCUCCAUUCGCACCCGUCCAAGUAUCCUGCCGGCUCCGAGCAGCACCAGGUGACAACGUACGGGUUCAAGGACGCGAACAACAACUUUGUCGUGCGGCCGGCAAGAACACAGCGACAGUACGGCCCGUUCAUCCAGAACGGAGACGCCAUCCGACUGCAGCACGAGCUCACCAGGGCCAACCUCCACUCGCACGCCAUCCACGCACACGUCUCCGACAGGUUCUGGGAGGUGAGCGGGUACGGCGACGAGACCGUCGGCGACGCGAAGGACGACUGGGUCGUGGAGGUCGUCGAGCAACUGCACUCUGGAAAUAAAAGUUACGCUGCCACCGAAAACGGCCCAGAUUUUUACAACACGGUGCAUCCGCUCACCACGACGUUCAAGCUGCGCCACAAGGUGCUGGGCUGCUACCUCGCCACGACGGGCGAGUCGUACCCGACGUGGGGGUUCAAGCAGGGCGAGGUGGUGUGCCGGCCGGACACAAAGCUGCCGUUCGACAGAUCGACGUUGUGGAACGUCGAGAUGCACGAGAACGACGGUCUGGUCGUCGAGAGCGACUACGUGUACCCGGACCCGCGGUUUCUGGUGGACUUCUUCAUGGUGCAGCACGGCAUGCUUGCGUCGAACAACGCGCUCGUGCCCGACGUGCACAAACACGACGAGAUCGCGUCGUUCUGGUGGCAGUGGCCGUUUGCGCUCGUGGGGCUGCGCAUGUGCUCGUGGGGGCCCCACGUGGCCAAGUACUACCUGCUGAGCCACCCGUUCACGACGUGGUUUUCCACGGCGUGUCUGGGCGGGUUUGUGCUGCUGGCGGUGCGGCUGCUGCUGCUGUGGCAGCGACAGCAACUGGCCGUUUCUGCGGACCAGCUCUGGAAGUUCACGAUCUGCGGCCUGGUUCCGUUUGCUGGCUGGCUGCUGCACUACCUGCCGUUCAUCGUGAUGGGCCGCGUCACCUACGUGCACCACUACAUGCCUGCUCUGUACUUUGCCAUGUAUGUGGCUGGCUUUGUGGUAGAGUACGUCACCGGGCCGUCGCGGCUCAGAUAUGCGGUCUACGGUGUUCUCUACGCUCUUGUCGGGUACCUGUUCUGGUACUUCAGCCCGCUGUGUCUCGGGAUGGCUGGCAGGGCGUCGGAGUACGCCUAUCUGAACUGGCUCCCAAGUUGGAAUAUCGCGAAAUAA